UUCCGAAAAGUGAUUCUUUCCAUUGACUGUAAAGUGGUUACAAUCUUUACUUAUUGUUAGCAUGAAAGGGAGAAGGUUUCCUUUUGAUUGGUGUGUGAUGUGGUUGCCCAAAAGUUAUAUCUAUAUUUAUGCGCUAAAGGAGUGAAAAUUGCUGCCAACUAAUAAAUUAUUUAGGUGUGUACUCGUGUCACUGAAUUAUUAUUUUCCCUAUUUCUGUACGGGCAGCGCAUGUCUCAUGCAUGGAUGUUUACUGUUCUUUUAAAUUACUUUCAAAAGCUAUUAUAUUAUGUUUUAGUGUUUAGAGAGAAUGAUUUUGAGAAUCUUAUAUAGGAUUGUUGAAUUUACGCGGGGACGGUAAAGGGGGCUCUCCACUGUGUAAGCACUUCGAUCAGAUAUAAUAUUGUUGCCAUUAGAUCUCUUUAGAUAUUUGAUAUGUAGAUUGCGCGUAGAAUAAGGUACCGGUAAGGUACAUAUCGUUUAUGACUUGAGGACGGAUACCUCAUGGACGCUUUAAUGAUCAUUGAAGAAUCCGCAACAGUCAUGCCUUGCUACUGCCAUGAACCUUAGCUUCAUGACAAUUAGACCAGCAGGUUAUUUUCGUAGUUUUCUUAGUAGUUGAGGGGUAGCUUAGGUAUAGUUGUUUGUGAGUUGAUUUACAGCCUUAUAAGCUGUGUUGUUUCUUUGAGCGGCUAUCAAGGAAUUAAUCAAAUGAAAUGUUCUUUCUCCCAAAUAUCGUAUGUUUUCUCAUCCCCUCCUCUACUUCGUCUCAUUUUUCUUCUAACCCUCCAAUUUCCUCUCUUGUUCUUCAAUAAUCUCUAUCCUUAGAGAUCUAGAACUAUUUCUGUGCUAAUUUGUAACGUAGAUAGUUACAAUUGGUAUCAUAGCGGUCGAUUCUGAGACUGCUAUCAUGAAUAAGUUUGAAACUGCACUCCUCUCUUCAUUGAAGACGAUUAUAGCUGCUGAGUUCAAAGCUUUCAGAGAACAUUUGUUGAACAAUAAACUUGGAUCCGGUGAUGAUUUAGUGAAAGCACCAUCAGAUUCUAAUUCUCAAGCUGAUUUGAAUAAGAUUUUCAACAACAAAUUAAGUUUCAGUGAUGGAAUUGAUAAUACGGGUAUCAAUUCACAAUUGAUAACUGAUGCUGGAAAAUUGAAGUCUGGAUCUGAAGACACCGGUUUAGUUGGACCUGAGUUAAUUCAUUCGAAGGUGAUUGAGGACGGGGUUGAUGUAAAUCGAUUCCACAUGAUUCAAGUGAUUCAAGUUCAGUAAGUCAAUUAUUUCAAAAUUCUUCAACUCCUAGUCCAGCAGAUGAAGGUAAUUUUCGAACUACACCAAUAAUUGGUUUCUAUGGUGUUGAUGGAUUUGGUAUUGUUAAUGAAGUUCAGAAAUACAAUGGAAAUUCAUCGUCUCUAGCAUAUCAGGAAGGUAAACCUUCCAUUCCUAGUACUCGUUUCGUGGUGGAUUCUCAAAGUAAAAGCGUUGCAUAUCAUGAGGUGAAUAAUUUCAGUACCUUAAAUAUGAAUUAUAAUGUUGAACCUCAGCAGUUUGAGGAUUGGAAGCUUAGUGAUGGAGAUAACAUGAAUCGACUUACUUCUGUAUGUAAUACUUCAUCUAGUGUUUUCUAUAUUCGAAUGAUAUUUGAUCGAGAAGGGUAUUUUGAUCGAUCUAUCUUAAUGAAUAAAUACAAUGACCUAUUCAAAUUUCUCAAGAUUUCUUUCAUCAUACAGAAUUCCCAAAUUACCGCUAUCAGUGUUGUUUUACCUAGUUCUAAUCCUUCCAGAAUGAUAUUUGAUCGUGGUAAAAAGUUUGUAAUCUGUGAGAUGUGUUCUCAUUGUGCUAGGAGAAAUAUUAAAUUCUGUCCUGAGAUGUUUAUUUCUUGUUUGAUUAGUCCAAUGGAGAAAUAUGAUGAGGAAUAUUUUUAUGAUCUUAUUCGUCAACAUGGGUACCAAUUGGAUUCCAGUUCUACAAAUUCAGUUGUGUUUGUAUUGGUUAAAGAUGGUGACUGCUAUGAGUGUGAGAAUAUGUUUGCGAGAAUGUCAGACAGAGGUUGUAUCAGCAGCUAUGCUUGUGAAUGUUUGAUGUUUGAUCAUUAUAGAGUGCAUCAACCAAACUUGUGGAAUUCUUCUUUGGAGGCGCUAGUUGCAGCUAGUUUAAAAUUAUUUCAGAAAUUACUGAACUACAUGGGAAGCAAUAUUUAUGAGCUGGUUCAUUUGAAUGCAAGUAGUUAUGUAAUUGGUGCGGAUGUAGUGCUUGUGAAAACAUCUCAAGGAGGUAGUGAAGAUUGUGACACAUUGGUUGCUGACAUAGUGCACUCAAUAGAUACUGUAAAGAUGAGAUAUGGGUUUCUUGAAAUGUUUAUUAGUGUAAUGUGCAGUUGGAAUAGUGAAGAAUGUCUCUAUGGCGGCCAGGAGGUUGCUGGAAAGGUAUUUGAUCGUGGGAGAUUGCUAAAAUUGAUUACAAGAUGUAUAACUGGUAGGAGGAAUGUUUGGGUUCUCAUCGAAACAUCUGGAGUACAUAGCUGUAUGGUUGUGGUGGUGAUGGAUGGAUUGUUGGUUGGAAGGAAUUCUUCGUAAGGACAGUGGGAAUCUGGAAGAUACUUGGUGGUGAGUUGUUAGACCAAAAGUAUACGGAAGUGAUUGAUAAGUUUGUAUGGGAGUUUAAGGAUACUAUGUUGGUUGAUAUGGUAGUAUUUUAUAUUGGUGCAUUGCACGUUUAUGAGGAUGUUGAGUUGAAUAAGCAGGAAUUCACAUUCAAGACUCGGCGGGAAUUCUUUAUAUUUAGUUCGGACUUAUGUACUGCUGGUGAAGAAGGGUUGAUUAUAUUAGAGUUUACAUCUGGUUCAAAAACAGAUAUUAUUGUUUAUGAGAAGUAAGAGCGUGGUCCGGAACUUGGAAGUGGGUAGUUGCGCAACCCAUAGACUGCAACUGUACAGAUUUGUUCGUUUAUCUCGCAAUCAACAUUACUAUCCAUGGGAGAUCUCCAAAAUUAUUGGGAGAACUGUAGAAGGAAAAGAAAAGGUUGUCAAGUCCAUGAUGUCAAUAUGUGCAAUUAUAAUGAAAGAAGGUAUGGAGCAGUACGAAGGAAAGCCGUUUUUGCAGAACAAUCUUAUCCCUGUAGAAGUGGAUCUUGCAUUCGGUUGGCUCCACAAUCUUGGCUGUAUGAUUUUGUUUUAUUCAUGGUGAUGGGAUUUGCUUUGUUCCUCUCGACUGUGUGCAGUACAGGUAGCACGAGUUGGAUCAUUCUGGUUCCAACAACUAUCCUUGCAGCAAUCCACCUUAUUACAUUGUAUGCUGACUGUUUAAAUAAACACAGAGACACCAUAUGUUCCUUCUGCCAGUUAUACUCAUGCGAUUAUGGAGUGCUUAUACGAGAAGGUAACCUAGAGAUUUAUUUUCAUGCCUUAAUUGGUAAUGAAGAUAUAUUCUUUAUGUUGGAGUGUGCUUAUACAGUCAGUAGCAUUGCUGUUAAGAGCCUGAAGACCUACCAGACGGUGAAGAUGAAGAGAGUGGGCUUGUUUACUGAAAUUCCAAGAUGGAGGUUUGCGCUCAGUUAUAUUUUUCUGGUGGGCCUUGAUGCUGAAAUUGUUAACUGUGUGCUCUACCGGUCAAGCUCAUUUUAUAUCCUUGAGGACAAGGAUGAUUUGAAGGGGUAAGAUUUGUCAUGAACCUUAGCUUCAUGACAAUUAGAUCAGCAGGUUAUUUUCGUAGUUUUCUUAGUAGUUGAGGGGUAGCUUAGGUAUAGUUGUUUGUGAGUUGAUUUACAGCCUUAUAAGUUGUGUUGUUGCUUGGAGCGGGUAUCAAGGAAUUAAUCAAAUGAAAUGUUCUUUCUCCCAAAUAUGGUUUGUUUUCUCA